AUGGUUUGUCAUGGCAGCAUGCCGCCCGGAAAGCGUGUUGGUGCUCGCGUUCACUGGGGCAUGCGUGGACGUGAUGCACCAAGUUUGGUGGCACCUUUUGGGAAGCCAGCAGAUACCAGGUUCAAACUCCUGGCACGCGCGGCGUUCGGAGCCCGGCUCCUGAGCCUGGCAGUCGCCAGCAUUGGAACCGGCAGGAGGCACCAGAUUCGCCUCCACGCAGCGCACCUCGGCCACGCGGUCGCUGCGGACAGCAAGUAUUCCUGUCUGGCUACAUUCUCCGAGGAUCAAAGCUGGUGUCGCAGCACCUUCCUUCACCGCUAUCGCCUGACCUUCUGGGCACCUUCACAGCAGCUGCAUGACGAAUCGGAGGCUCAUCAGUGCCGCUUGCCGCUCCCACCGCCCAUGAGGGAAUCGUUGAGGCUACUUUCGCCUUUGAGUCAGAGCUCCUCUCGCGAGCUGUCGAAGUGGAUUUCUGGCGACCAGUUCGACCUGAGGUCCUGGAGCGACUACUGA